ACUUCUUCUGUUGACGAAUGUGCAAGGAAACAAGUCUUGUCGUCAUCCGUAAAUACCAUAAAGCUCUAUGUAGAAUUUUAGAUUUUUAGUGAAAUUUCGAGUAUUUAAGCCUCGGAUUAAUUACGUUGAAAUAAAUGAUCAUAUUUAUCAAGAUUUAUGUUGCUCCCAACUCGCUUCAUUGCUGUACAGGAAGUGUCCGUUGAGAUUAGCAGAGUUGGCGUAAUGGGAAUUUGCUGACACUUGUUACCUACCUACAAGGUUCUUUCCUCGUAACUUCAUGGUGUAAUUACCGAAUUUGUAACGUCUAUGGAACAGUGAUAUGAUUCUGCAAUCAGGGCAUUUAUAGACGUGGCAAAAUAUGAAAGACUCAUGUGCAAAUGGAUUUGUACCAGUGUAUGACAAAGGGUAAAAUAAAUAAAGAGGGCAGCUAUUAAACUGACAUUCAGACUGGCAAUUACUUUCAGGAGGACUGGUGUAUUCCAUCAUCUAGUCAACAAUGUCACAAAACAAGUUGAAAAAUUCCAAGAUAACUGAUGAUUCUGAAGUUGCAGAUGAAACCAGCUCUCCAGAAAGCAGGGAACCCUGCACAGAUAGUAAAUUAGAGAGAAAUACAGGAGGAAAAAAUACUACUAUUGAUAGUCCCCUUCUUCAGGAUGAUAAUGGACUUGCAGAUAAGGUGCACUUAGAGCAAAAGAGUAUAUCAGAGGAUGAACACACAAAGGAAACCGAUAUUAGUGAACAAGCCAUAGAAAAAGCAGAUGUCAUACAUAAAAAAGAUUCUGAUCUUGAAUUUCAUGAACCUGAAAUGCCAGUCUUGGUGGAGGAUGAAAAUGUAUUCACAAAUAAAAAAUCAGAUGAAACCCCCACACUGACAUCAGACCGUCGAAAACAAGCAACACCUAAAAAGAGAAAUGUAGGCAAUGAACAACAUGAGGCUGCUAUCCAGGACAAACUCAAAGAACAAGUGAUUAAUAGUGAUGGUAAAGAAAUUAUUCCAUCUGAGAUUUGUAACACUGAUGGUUUAGGGAAAGUAGGGAAAGACUCAGUGGAAUUAGAUGUUCAGAUAUCCCAGCGAAAUUUGAGAAAGGCAAGGAAACGGGUAAUUCCUCUAAAAUUUGAUCCUUCACCACAAACUUCUGCCUCUAGGAAAUCAUGUAGACCAUCUAAUUCUAGAAAGAAAGCACCUCCUCCAAAAAGAGAGGCAACCCCAAAAAGGAAGUUUAAUUCAAGAAAACAGGCUAAAAUUGAUGAACCAUCCAAGGAGGUUGCAGCUACAGAGCUUAAUAGCAACCAAGGGUCAAUUUUGCCUGAUUUUAACAAAAUUGGUGAUACUUUGAAUGAAACCAUAUCAGAAAAAAAACAGCCCGCGGUCUCCCUUAAAAUCAUAUGCACACCAUUCAACCACAAAGAUGUGAAAGGUAGCCCAGAAAAAGAAACCUGUGAAAUCCCUCCAGUAAAUACAUCAAGCAAAAUAAACACAACACCGAAGAAUAAGAGAAGUAACUCUCCAAAGAAAACUUCAAAAGCUCUCCUGGAAGCUAAACCCAAGAAAAGCAAAGCUUUAGGGAGAAAAUCAAGAACACCAGCAAAGAAAGGCCUUACAUCCAAAUUGACAAACAAUGUGAGGGAUAAGAAAACUGUUAGAGUAAAAGCAACUGUUAAAAAAAGUAUCAAGGAUAAAUCUCCAAGUAUCAAGGAUAAAUCUCCAGUAGAGGAAAAUCACAGUGACUUGGAUUGUGAGUCUUCACUUGUAAAAGAUGAAGGCAGCCUAAAGCAGACUCGUGGAAAGAGAAAAAGGAAAAAAUCAGCAAAAUAUGUGCUAGAAUUCAUGAAUGAAUCAGAAGAUGAUAUCGAAGUAGAUUUUUCAGAAGAUGAAUAUUUACCGUCUAAAGAUGAAGAUCCAUACUUUCAAGAAAAGGUUGAAGGUAAAAAAAAUUUAAAGGUGUCAUUUUCAUGUUUAAAUGAGAAAGAUGAAGAUGAUGAUAGUGAUGUGGAUGAUAACAUAGGGAAACUAAAGAGUUCUUUGAAGUCUAAAAACAGUAAUGUAAAGAAAAUAGGUAUCAAAUCGAGAAAAUCUCAACCAGCAACUAAAGUACAGACAUCACCUACAAAGUCAGUAGCUGCAAAUGCAAAGAUGAUGACAUCUAAUAAAAGAAAAAAGAGAAAGACUUCAGAAGCUGAUGGUGAUUCUCAAAAUGAAAGUGGCCUAGAUAUGCCAAUGUUGUCACCUUGCAAAGGACGGAAACCCAAGCAGAAAAAGAGGAGAAUUCGUAUUCAGACAGAUAAGACAUAUUUAGAUGGCAUUGAUAGUUAUACAACCGGAGAAGAAGAUAUUGGCAUGACUACUGCCACAGAUGAGGAACGGGAAGGUUCAGUGAAAAUACAAAAAAGGAAGAGGAGACGAUAUGGGGAACCUUAUUCUGUGACAGGUAACUGGUACAUUGCACAGGGAUAUCUUUUUGAUAUUUCAAAUUUAAUAGAAAAUUUUGUUAAAAAAGAUGGCUGGAGAUUCAAGGACUUUGCAAGUUGUUGGCAAGAGCUGAAAUUUUCUCUUGUUUACAGGGGACGCCAAAAUUUCAAGGAGUUGCUCGAGUUUUCAGAAGAAGUUGCUUUUCUUACAAAGAGGUUUAUUAUGCCUCCUCAUAGCACCAAAUCCAGAAUUGGUUCUCUGUAUGCCUUAUAUGGAUUAUAUUACAAGCACCCUUUCAGACACUUCUUUAAAAUUCGGCUACUCAGUGAUGAAUACAAACACUUGAUAGAAUUAAUUAGACCAUUUCAAAAUGACAUUGGAAACCCAGAUCCUGCAUAUAUAUUUCGUAAAUUAGAGCUAAAUGGAGCCAUUUACCAUGUGGCAUCAUCUUUAGAGAUGUGCAUUGACUUUUACAAUGCAGAACGAGAGGCUGUAGAUAUUAAGUAUGAGUCUCAGCGACUGGCUAAAUCCUUGAGUGUGGGGAGAACGUUAACACCCGCGAUUUUACGUGAGGAUGAUGAAAUUCUGAAGCAGUAUCAUAGUAUAAAAGUAAAUGUUGCUGGUGAUGGAAAAGAAUUAGAAAAAUCGCUGUCGUUUGUUGAGGCUGCCACUACUCAUGAAAUUGUAGAACUAGUUGAAACUUUGAAGGAAGAAACUCGUACUAUAUUAAGGUUGAAUGAUCCUCCUACAGCAAAGGUUAUACCUUCUACAGAGGGCGAUGGUCAAGUUUCUUCUAUAGGAGCUAGGCGCGCUGAGAUCAUGGCUAAGGCUGUCAAGUCAGAUACUGGGAGUGAAUAUUUGAAAAAGAAAUGUUUCCGAGAGCCAUCAAAGUCCUCUCAGUUAAGGGGUAGACUCAGCAAGCAGGUAUCACUCCGUCAAGGACUUUCAGAUGAGAAUGCUUCAUCUUUAAGCAACCGUGAUGUCCAAAAUUUUAUGAAAGUACCAACAAAAGAAACUUUGGAUAAACCACUAAUACCACAAAGAAGAUCUCAGAGGAAAGUUACUCACAAAUUUAUAAGAAGGCCUUGCAAAGAAGAAAUUGAGGAAAUAAUAGAAAAUGAAACCAUUGAGAGUGGGCCCUUCAGUGAUGACCAAGAGGAACAUGUGGGUAAUCCAUCAGUCACCGAUGGAAAUGUUGGAAAUAAGCCAUCAAUCACAGAUGAAAGUAUUGGAAAUUGUAAUGAACCAUCAUCAGAUGACUUGGAGAUUCUCACAAAAGUUCCUCUUGUACUUCCAAAGCCAAAAAGGCUUAGAGGACCAGCUAGGAAAAGAGUCUUAUCUCAAGCGAUAGAAAUUGAGAACCCUAUCGCUAAUUUAACAGGUCUUCAAGAAUUGAAGAGAAAAGUGAGUGAUGAAGAACUGUAUGAAAAACGAAGGAAACGAAGACAACUUAAGAAAGUGGAGCCAGAUGAAGAGUCUGCAGCAGAUUUAUCAAGAAUACAAGUUACUGAUAUAUCUCCAAGAGAAGCUAAAGUGGAGGUAAGUAUAUGUAUGAGUAAUGAUGAAAUAAAUGAUGAAGUUAAUGGUAGUUCAUUGUUAAACAGUGAGAAUGUGAAACUUGUGAAACAAGAAAAUUUAGAUCGCACUAUAACUUUGAAUAUCCAUUUGAAAGGGGAAAAUAUUGAUGAAAUCCAACAUUUCAAGAUAUUACACAGUAGUUGGAUGACCAUUCAAAAUCAUAAAGAAAAAUUUGAUAGGCUUAAAAAGAAGUUGAUAUCAAUUAUUUUACCAGACCAUGUCAAACAUAGUAUACACGAGGAUAAGGUGCACAUUGAAUUACAGUCUUAG